AGCUUCAUCUUUCCCCUUGUCUUCCAUUCUGUCCUUAUUGCCCUUUUCUGAAGCUUUAUCAGCGCUCGCUGUACUUGUCACUGGAUUUUCUAGCGAUUCCAUGAAGUUAUCAAGAAUUUCUCGAAAACGGACUAUUUCCGUUUCAAAUUGCGCUGGCGAGAGUUCGGCCAGAUUUGCUAUCACCGGUUUGCAUGCCCUUCUUGCGUCAUCGUACCGUUGUCUGGGAUUCAUUGGUUUAAUCUCGCAUACGUCGUCGUCUUCGUACGCCUCUGAGUUUGUCAGCGCUCCCUUAUAUAACGGUUCGGAAAACUUUAGCUCGCGCGCAUGGCGUGCUAUGCAUUCAUCAACGGAUACAAUCGGCUCGCCUUUAUGCUUGUGGACUGCCAUCAUGUGCCGGCAGAUCAGUCCAUAUGAGCACGAGAAAUCACAGUCGUAUUCCAAAAUUACUCUGCUGUUAUCAGUAACCAAUUCUUCAACUGCGAAUUCUCUUUGUCUACCUUGACUGACAACGACAAAGAUCCGCCCAUAAUUCGCUCUACUAAGUAUUCAGAUUUCUUCAUGAUCGACAAUUGCUUGAAAAGCAAACGGUUGGCAAAAUCACUCAACGACUUUCCAAGGCUGCUGAAUAGGUUUUCAUGUUCUGGUGCAUGAACUUUUAUGGAACUUGUGUCGUGUAGGUAUUCAAGGUAAUUUGAAGAUUGCACAGAUCCGCAGGAAAAUUCGUAGAGUAUCCGGAUGCAUUCUGCUAGAUGCGGUCUUGUGCGCUUGGUAACUCGAAUUGCUGCCUUCACUGCUCUGAAGAAAGCUUCCGCAAAAUUGUUUGUGUUGUUUCCAACCAGCCGAAAUCCACGCCGGUAUGCCAGGCUCCACAUGUGACGUGGCUCCACAUGUGACGUGUGACACUGACCUUUUGUUCAAAAAUGUCUAAAGUAAGUGCUUCUUCUGCGGAUACAAGUGGAUCAGAAGAAAACGGAAGUCGCGGCACGGAGACUCGCAGCCCAGAAUUGACGAGCGGCGGAGCUAUGAAGCAAGCGAAUACUGCCGAAUUUCGAGGAUUUUCGUAUCGUUCGCGUGGUCAUCCGCAACGUAAACGCGCCAAGAAGGAUCCUAAUGCUCCAGUCAAGCCUCUCUCAGCCUAUUUGUUGUUCCUACUGGAUAAGCAAGAAGAAAUACGCCGGAAUUCAAGAGAUGUGCUGUCGGUAGCGGAAACUACUAAACGUGUUGGUCAGGCGUGGCGGACAUUGUCGAGCGAAGACAGGAAGAUAUACGAGGAACAGGCUGACAAGGCGAAGCUACAACAUGCCGCAGAAAUGGAGGAGUACAAAAAGACGGAUGAUUACCGAAAUUUUCUCGCCAUCGCCGCCGACAGUAACUCUGAAACGGAUGUUGCUCCACGAAAAUCGGACAAGCGCAGCCGAGUGCAGCGUGAUCGCGAUACUCCGUCGACUGUGAAUUCCUCCACCAGCAACCGUCGAGGGAAGAAACAUGCCAGCGGUGAUUCCGAAUCGGUCGUAAUCAGCCGUAAGCGCAAGACCGAAGAGGUGGACACCGGCAUGGAAGAUCUGUUGGGCAUGCCGCCGGCUAAAGUGCAUUCCGUUGCCGCGGGCUCUCUUCAGGAAUUUCACAUUCCAGUUUGGACGGAUGAGUUCAUGCAGUGGAAUACUAAACGCGAACGUGAACUGAAACAUGUCAAGAAAGCCGCAGACGAACUGGACAUUGACAUUUCUGGGCUGAUCUCACAGAGCGAACAGACACAGCGUAAUGCAGAUAGUGUUAAUGCUUUGAAAUCGAAAGUCGACGAUACGAAGAAAGCCAAGCGAGAAGCACUGAAGAUCAUUUUGGAGGGAAUGAGCGGGAUCGCUUUACCCAGUGGCCUGGAAAUGGACAACACUAAUGCCGAGGAAUACAUGACGGAGCUGGAGACUGUGGUUCGUAAGUCACCCGCUCGCCACUCUUCGCUGCUGAUGAAGGUGAUGGAACUGGCGAAGAAGCUGCAGCCGCUGGCCGUGUAUGUCUAAUGCGAUUUAUGUCGCUGUGAAUAGAUUUCUCAACUGUUGAUAAGCCAAAUUUGCGUAAAGUAAAGUGAUUUGAAUAUUGGAUUGAGUAUAAGUGCAGAUCUGUAGAAUGUAAAUUUUUGCUAGUUUCAUUUUGCCUUGACAGGUUUCAUACUCAUCGCGAUAUUUACAGAUGGUGGAAUUACUUCGGUUAAACCCAUUUCUUGACUCAUUUUGCUUACAUUAAGUUACAAAACUUUAUUUUUCUUGGCUCUUUUACUUUACAUGUUGAAUUUGUAUUCUUACAUUUCUGUAUACCUGAACUUACCAUGGGAAAAUUAAAAGAAAA